AAUAAUAGGAAAAUCAAUUUUUUUUAUUUAUAAAUUGGAAUCAUGUGUGUGCCCAUACUUGGUUGUUCCCAAAACAUCGUCGUUUCAUUCAAGUCUCAAACACACACCGCAUCUUCAAAAUUCCUUUCCGAUCAGAACACCGAUCCAACCACCACCGCGCCGUCGCCCGAAACCCUAGAUGGACCUUCUCAAGCAAGAGCUUCUCAAGAAACGCCAAUCCCUAGCCGAAGAAACCGGCGGCAAAAGAGUCUUCAAACGCUCCGAAAUCCAACAGAAACAAAUCCAAAAGCUUCGCGAAGAAGAAAAACGCGAAUUAGAAGCCAAAUCUAAAAAACGCAACUCAUCUUCCUCCGACACAAUCUCCACCGUCGCAACUUCAUCAACCACCGCUUCUUCUUCCACCACAUCCGCCGCUGCCUCAUCCAGUGCCUCUCUCCCCGAUGAGCUGAACAUUGACAGCCUCGUCCUCCCUAAACAAGAAGUCAUUCGUCGUCUCCGAUUUCUCAAGCAACCGGUAACGCUCUUCGGUGAAGACGAUGAUGCUAGACUCGAUCGUCUCAAAUAUGUUCUCAAAGCUGGAUUGUUUGAAGUUGAUAGUGACAUGACGGAAGGACAGACGAAUGAUUUCUUGCGUGAUAUUGCGGAGUUGAGGAAGCGUCAGAAGACGGGGAUUGUGAGCGAUAGGAAGCGGCAGAAGAAUGAAGAUGGUGCUGCUGAGGAUGGAGAAGGUGGUGCUGGUAAUGAUGAUUUGAGUGAUUGUGGUGGAUCCAGUGGUGCUGAUAAUGAUAAGGAUUUGAAGAGGAUGAAGGCGAAUUUUGAGGAAUUGUGUGAUGAAGAUAAGAUUUUGGUGUUUUUUAAGAAGCUGUUGAAUGAGUGGAAACAGGAAUUGCGUGAAAUGGCUGAAACGGAGAAGCGAACGGCUAAAGGGAAGUCCAUGGUUGCCACAUUCAAGCAGUGCGCACGUUACUUGAACCCGCUGUUUAAGUUUUGUAGGAAGAAGGUUCUUCAGGAUGACAUUCGACAGGCACUGUUGUUGAUGGUUGAAUGCUGUAUGAGGCGAGAUUAUCUGGCAGCAAUGGACCAUUAUAUUAGGCUGGCUAUUGGGAAUGCUCCCUGGCCUAUUGGUGUUACUAUGGUUGGUAUUCACGAAAGAUCUGCCCGUGAAAAGAUCUACACAAACAGUGUUGCUCACAUCAUGAAUGACGAGACAACUCGGAAGUACUUACAAUCGGUAAAGAGAUUAAUGACAUUUUGCCAACGACGUUACCCGACAUUGCCAUCUAAAGCAGUUGAGUUUAACAGUUUGGCAAAUGGGAGUGAUUUGCAGUCACUUUUAGCAGAAGAAAGAUUUAGUGGGGGAAAUCAGGCAUCAUCUGAUGAGAGGCUUAGGAUAAUGCCUGCUCCAAGAGAAAGUUAGUCAUUCAUGUCCUUUUCCCUGAAAUGACAGCAUCAUAUGAUAUGUUAUUUGUUUUCAAAAUUUCAACUACUAAAUACAGUCUGCUUCUGGUUUUUCUCCUAAGUGAUUGUAUAAAAGGAAUGCAUCUAUGAAAAAGGAGAAAACGUGUAAAAUUCUGAUAUUUUUAUGCUGCUAUUGCUCCCCUUGGUUUUAAGUUCCUCCUUGUGUUAGUUUUUAGUUUAGUCUGCUGUCCAGGUGCUGUUAAGCACCAUAGCUAGGCUUCGUUCUUAGGUUCUGUGGCCUGAAUUAUCUUCACAUGUCUAUUUGCUUUUGUCUGAAAAGUUAAUGAGAUGUUUUUUCUACACCCAA